CCAUUCAUGCCUCCCUCAUCACAACGGCGCGCCUCUGCCCAGCUCACCUUCAAAAGAGCACAGCAAAAACUGAAAAGCAAACAACACAGCGCGAGAAAAAGUUGACUUUACUUUUAUAUGGAAAUAACCCAAUCAUUUACGCACCGGAGCAACGCAAACAGAAGGAACUUUUGAAGUUGUCUUUAUCAACCGCUCCUGAUCUCCGCGGAGGAGCCCCAAGCCACGCACGUCACCGGGACACAUCUGGCCAUAAUUCGGUUCGCUCGAGGCUCAUACCUCGCUGUUUUCUCUGUUUUUCUACGAGUGUGGUAACGCCAGUUGUAUACUGAGAAGCGAAGGGCGUUUGGUGUGGCACGAUGGAUACAGCUGCAGGAUGGCAGCAGAUAACUAUAUAAUCCAGCCAUUUAAACUUCAAUAAAACAAACUUGGACAUUUCAAAUCAACUCUGCCACUUUGCCACUUUGCCGCCAUGUUUGACGACCCGUGUCACAAGAAGCACCACAUAGACUCUAGCAACAGCCCCCUCAUCAGCGCCAUCAUGUUCGGAGCGGGCAUAUUUGGAAACGUCGCCGCCUUGGUGAUACUGGAGAUCCGGAGACGCAGGGAGAGCAAAACGGUCGGAAACCAGAGACGGGCCCUUUUCCACAUCCUCAUCAUCGCGCUGGUGGUCACGGAUUUGACUGGGACAUGCCUGGUCAGCCCUCUUGUCCAGGUGUCAUACGCUCAAAAUGCUACGCUGGUUGCCAUGGCGCCAGACAGCGGUGUGGUGUGCUCAUAUUUUGGUUUGACCAUGACGUUUUUCAGCCUGGCCACAAUGUCUCUAUUAUUUACAAUGGCGCUGGAGAGGUGUUUGGCCAUUGGCUAUCCAUAUCUGUACAGCAGAUACGUAACCAUAAAGUGCGCUUAUUUCAUCAUACCAACUCUAUUUUUGUUAAGCGCUCUAUUCUGUCUUUUACCAUUAAUUGGAUUUGGGAAGUACGUCCAGUAUUGUCCUGGGACUUGGUGUUUUAUCGACAUGAACCCAGAAGAUUCAAAAGAAGACCGGGUUUAUGCUAACUUGUACGCUACAGUGCUAGUGCUAGUGCUAGCAAUAGUGGCGUGUAAUCUGUUUGUGGUGUACCAGCUGUUCAGAAUGUACCAGCGCAGAAGGAGGAAUGGAUCAAUCAUGGUGCACACGAGGUCCAAGAGUGAGAGGAGGGCUAUGUCUAUGGCCGAGGAGGUGGAGCAUCUCAUCCUGCUCGUGUUCAUGACCAUCAUCUUCAUCAUCUGCACCAUGCCCCUGGUGAUUCGCGUGUACUUGAACUCAAUAGCAAAGCGCAAAGAGUCGCACCAAGAUGACCUGGUUGCCCUGCGCUUCAUCUCCGUUAACUCCAUCAUUGACCCCUGGGUGUUCAUCUUGCUCUCCCCCAGCGUCAUGCACUUCUGCUGGGCUUCGGUGUGCAGGGCUCCUCGGGGUACCUCCAGGGGGUCCAUAUGUAAACUGUCUCUGAACCAGAAGAACUCAGAAGUCCAACCAGAUCUAUCCCAGCCCACACUGAAGUACACGGAAACCUUUGGCACCCAGUCCGUGGGAACUCUAUGACCUUAACAUUAUACAAGUAUUAUAUUCUUAUUUAUUGGUACUUUUCAGAGAGGGCUGGGCCAAUGGAAGAACUCUGGAGUAAAAAUCAUUAUGUAUUUGUUGCCUCUAUAUUCAGGCUGCGUUCAUUCACACCCCAUGAAACUUGGGGCUAAACAAGGACUAAACCAGAUGGGACUAAACAAGGACUAAACUGGGACGAGAACAGGAGUAAACCGAGACUAUCAGGACUAAACCAGGAUUAAACCAAGGAAUGUAUGAAUGCACCCUCAAUGAUAGUUUUGGUUCAUCUCUUGCAUUUCAACAUUACAUGCACAUAAAUAUUAAAUAAUAGUGUUGUAUGACAAAGGCUAGCCCUGAUUUGCUGCGUCUGUAAUUUCAUAUUCCCUUUCACGUAGAUGAAAAUGGGAUAAUCUUUCAGCAAGAAAGAAUACAAGGAAGUAUUUACAGUCUGCUGGUGUCAGAUCUUACACAUCAAAACUGGUUUCUUCACAGCAGUGGUGGAAGAAGUACUUGAUCUUAUAAGGCUUUAAAUGUAGCAAUGUUGAUAAAGAUUUAUGCUGAAUUUUGCUCAACAAUGAAAUCACAAUUUUUCUUUUCCUUUCACAAUGAAAGGAACAAUGAAAUCACAAUUUUUUCCUGUUUUAUUGAUAUAUUUUUGUUUGCUCAAAUAAUAAAUGUAUUAAAAAAUAAACUCUCAGACUUUUCAGUAGGUCUCACACAAUCAUAAAAAAUACUUUUACUUUUCAGUUCAGUUAAAAAAUGCAGUGGAGUAGAAAGUACAGAUACCUGCUCUCAAAUGUAGUGAAGCAAAAAGUACUUUACUACUUUUAGCUUGUUACCUUCCACCACUGUAAAUAUCCAUAUCCAUACGACAUAUAUACCAAAAAUACAUACAAAUAUCCAACUAAGAACUAAAAGAAUUGGCUAAUGUACAACAAUUCCAGGUGUGUAUUUUUGUGACCACUCCCCAACAAUUUGAAUUCCUUUUAUCACUGCUGACCUUUGUUCUGUGUGGCUUGUGGCUUACCUUACCAGUAGCUAGAAAGGUUAUAAGUCACACAGCUUCCAAUGUUUUUUUUUUUGGUUUUUUUUUUUGCAAAAGCUUUUGAUUGAGGGAUAUGAAAAAACACAUAGAGGAGACUUAACUAGCAAGAUAAUUUCAAUGAUUCAAAAUUGUAUUAUAGUGUACAGCAUUUGAGAUGGUACAUUUCUUAAAACCAGUUGCUACCUCUUAUCAUUUAUGAACAAAAUAUAAAAAAAAAGAGGAGAUAUUAACAUUUUCUUGAAGUAGUCUGUGCAUACUUGUCACUUUAGCUUAGCUACAACUAAGUGUGGUGAAAUGUAUUUUUUCCCCUUGCUGUUUUAUGUGAGGUCAAGUCAACUAUAAAACAUUGAGUGGCAGUUUAAUAAGUAAUAUUAUCUACCAAUUUGAAAGAGGGUCCUAGUAUGGAAUUUGAACCACAAGAUUUUUGCGGCCAUUCAGUUAUUUCAGUCAUCAAAUGUAACGUAAUGUAAUGUACACGUUUUAUGAUCUGUGCACCAUUUCUACCUUGCUUUGUGUCCCGAAGACAGCUGAGAAAUGUACUGACAAAUCAUGUAAGAAUGCUACCUGUCUCUUGUACUAUGUUAUUGUUUCAAAGUACUGUAUAAACUGAAUUGGAAAAGCACUGAUUGGUUUAGUGUGUGUGUGCUCGAGUGAAUGCCUUAUGUAAAUAAACAUCUCAUCUACCAAA